GAAGCCGCGCCCCUCAGCCGUGGCCAUUCGGCUUCGUUGCGGAAGAAUCUGGUGCCUACAAGGGGCGGGGGAAGCUGGCGGAAAGCUGGCCUGCAUUAGGAGGGAGGAGGAGGAGGAGAGUGAACGAGCUAGAGAAAGAUGUCGGCGGCCGGCGGAGGGGCUACUUCCGCCGUGACGGUGUUGACCCCGAACGGGAGGCGAGUGACGGUCCGAGUAGGCCCAAGCACCGCGCUGAUCCAGGUCUUGGAAGAAGUUUGUAGAAAGCAGAAUUUUAGUCCUAAUGAAUAUGAUUUGAAAUUUCAGAGGACCGUGCUGGAUCUUUCUUUGCAGUGGAGAUUUGCUAACGUACCCAACAAUGCCAAAUUGGAGAUGGUGCCAGUCUCUAGUAAUAGAGUAGUGAUUGAAAAUACAAUACGGAUUGCACUGCAAUUGGAUGAUGGUUCUAGACUCCAGGACACAUUCAGCUCCAGUCAGACCUUGUGGGAUAUUCUUCACCAUUUUGCACAGACCAGGGAAUAUGUGGAAGAGCAAAGUGAAGUGUCCCCUGUCUGUAUUUACAUGCGAGACGAAGUAUCUGGGAAAACUGCUUUGGAGAAGACAAGUCUGAAGUCGCUUGGUCUAACUGGAGGCAAUGCCAUUAUCAGAGUGAACACAAAGAAGGCUGUUUCCUCUGAUAAUGCAGAAGGUGGGAGCAAUGAAAUCCUUUCUAAACAAGUACCAGAAAGGUCAGCUUCUACAGAAGAGCCAGAGGCUGUGUCUUUUGCACACCUGCCUGCCUUUCCAAGCUCAUCCUGCUCAAGUGAGGCUGCACUUACCAACCAAUGUACUGAUAAGCAGAACUGGAAUAAAGAAUCUCAGGAUAAUUCAGAGGAGCUUCAUCCUCCUUCAGAGCCUAUGCCUACCUCAUUUGUCCCUUUCAUGGGCAGUGGUCAGUACCUGGGUGGCGGCUGUCCCACACCAAUGCUAUCUCCAGUAUUGACAAACCAACCAAGUUCUCUGUCCAGUCCUGGAGGGCCUUCCAAGCCAAAGAAGUCAAAGAACAGCCAAGAAAAACUAAAGGAGCAAAAAGAGCAUUUGGAUCGAGAGCCAAUUGUGUGCCAUCCUGAUCUUCAAGAGCCAUUGGAUUCUGAUUCACAAGAUCUCCCUGAUGAGUUCUUUGAGGUUACAGUAGAUGAUGUGAGAAAACGUUUGGCCCAGCUACAGAAUGAAAGGAGGUGUUUAGAAGAAGUUCCCUUGAUGACAAAGGCACAGCGAGAAGCUCAAACGAAGGAGAAAUUAGAGCGUUAUCCAAAGGUGGUACUACGUGUUUACUUCCCAGAUCGUCACAUUUUGCAAGGUUUCUUUCACCCUAGUGAAACAGUUGGUGCUCUGAGGGCAUUUGUGAAAAGUCUCCUUGUAAAUCCAGAGAUACCAUUUUAUUUGUUUAUUACACCACCCAGAUCCAUUCUGAGCGACGAUGGCAUGACUCUUUUUCAGGCUAACCUUUUCCCUGCUGCUAUUGUAUAUUUUGGAUCUGAAGUGCACAAGGAUCACUAUUUGAGGUUGGAUCUACUGGAAUCUGCUGUGUCCCCUUCUGAAGCUGACAUUUUAGUAGCUAGGCGGCUGUCUAAACUGGUAGAUCAUACAGCUCAACGUUUGGAAUCUGCUCCUAGCUCCUCACUUAUAUCAAACGAUGCUAACCAAAACACAGAGCAUUCAGAAUCAGCAAAUCUUGAAAUACCACAGCCACAAAUAAGGAGGGCCCCAACUGGAAAAGUGCCAAAGUGGCUGAAGCUGCCAGGUGGGAAGAGAUGAAGAAGUGGUAAUACCUGCUGCUGAAAGAUGCUUUGCUUGGUUGAGAAGCAACAUUGAAUUACCAUUUUCUGCUUCUAAUAACAAGCUAAAAUAUAUGACCUACAAAUGAUUUUUCAGAAUAAAGUUGAAUGCUGUUUC